AUGCAUUGAAAAUGACAGCAAGGAAUUGAAUUGUUUACGCAAAACAAAAAUUGGUCGCACGACAGCUGUUCACGGAAAAACAUAAAAAGCAGGAUAUUUUGGUUGCUUCUAGUCCAAAACAGAUUCGGAGACAACUUUAGUCGUCAUGAUGAACUCGGAGAUGAGCAGCAGCAUGCAUUCGGGACGCCCGGAAAGUGAUUUCAGUAUCGAAUGCUUUCAGAACUACACUGCUCCGGAAGUGUUCGUCCAAGGAUUGGCCGGUUUGGUCAACCAAACGGAUGUGGAAGUUAUGAUACGAGCGCAGAAACAAAUGUUGCAACGCUUUGAGAAGACAAAUGAAAUGCUGCUCAACUGUAAUGCGCUCAGUGCCAGCCGUCUGAAGAUAGCUACGGAUGAUUUUAAAAAGCACACGAAGCUGCUGCACGACAUGAAAAAAGACUUGGAUUACAUUUUCCGCAAGAUACGGACGAUAAAGACGAAGAUCGGUAACCAAUAUCCGUCGGCAUUCGCUGAAGCGGAAGCCAAGAACAAACCGAUUAGCUUCGAUGAGGAAGAUGAAAUCGAUACGGCCAGUCGGGCAGAAACGUUGGAUGAGAAAAAGGAGCAACCAGUGGAUGGUGGCACACCGUCGGCCGCAUCGACUCCCGUGAAGGUGUCGUCUGCUGGGAAGGGAAAACCAUCCACCAGCAAGACGGUCGAUACGGACGGUGGUGUGAAGGAGCGGAAGAAAACGCUAGCAAGUGGAAGCAGGGAAAAUUCAACGGUGGGAUAUGUGAAAAUGGAGCAGAGUCCAGAGAAUCGGAAAUCCGGUGGCGGUGCAUCUAGUAGCGGAGAGCAGAAGCGCCGCUCGUUCCGAUCGGCACACAGCAGCUCGACGGAUAAUUCUAACGAUUCUUCGGAUUGUACGUCAGACACGGGAUAGGAAGCGGCAUAAAAGGAAAGCCUAGGAAGGACGGUGUUAUUUAUUUGUUAAUUUAAAUGAUCUCAACCAUUCAGCUGGCGGGGGGACGUAGUUAGAGCGACUUUGCCCAUUUGUUCGGUGCCAGAGUAGGUUUAUUUUGAUGUUAAUUAUUAUUAAACACAUUAGUUUGACACAAUGGAGCGAAAUAAAUAAAUAAAGGAGUGGAAAAAUUA